AUGUCGGCGAAUAUUGAGCGAGUAGGAGGUCACAGGGCGCGUGCGGUUGGGCCGCGGCGGCGCGGGGACGUUGCGCGCACGUGCUCGCGCGCGACUGCCGCGGCCGCCGCCCUCGGGCCGCCCGGAGCACGAACCGAACCGAACCGAGCCGCCCGAUCCCACCCGGCCGCCCAGCUAUUACAUCGAUUCUCCUCUCAUUUAACUAAUGUAUAU